UUGAAUUUCAACAUCCCACCGAAGAACCUGGUGGUGAACUCGCGCACGGGGUCCGAGUGUAAGAACGCGUGCGUGAGGCCGAACGGCCCGGAAGGUGAACCAGUGCAAUACGGCCCAACGCAGAACCAGGGCUGCUGGAUCAAACCCACCAUCUUCUACGAUGGCUUCUGGACGGAGCAGAAGGUGAAGAAGUGGGUCGCGGAACAAGUGGAGAAGCAGUUCCCUGAAGAUGCUUCGCAGAAGUCAAGCUCUCCGAGCAAUAACCCGGAUGCUUCCACGCCUAAACCUUAA